AUGGGCUUGACGGGCUUCCACGACCCGACGAUGCCGCAGGCUGCGAUCGCGCCGCCGCCGACGAGCAUGCCGGCCAUGGGGGGUGGGUACCCCGACGCACCGAUGGCGAAUGACCCGGCACGCGGCCUUGUACGCGCCGCCGACACACAGCCCAUUGUGGCCGACGGCUUUGGCUCGAGCGUCGGCAAUGCGGAGCUCACUGCGUUUUAUGGCAACACGGUGUCGAUCAACCAAGCGGUGCCGCCGCCGCCCGUCAUGUCCGGUCCGCCGGCCCACCAGAUGACGGCCGCACCGGCGAUGCCGCCAGCCCCCGCGCCGCGCAAGAGCAUUCCACCGCAGUUCAAGAUCUUCAAUCCCAAGCUGGCCCAGCAAAACCACAGCCAGGACGUUAGUGGUCGUCCCCAGUCGGCCGGCCACCAGCACCCCGAGCCCGCAACAUCGGCGACGUCGUUCGGUCCGAGCUCGGGCCCGUCGGCCUUUGCCCCGCAGCAGCCGUCGUUUGGGACGUACCACGCGGCGCCCACGUACAACACGUCUGCUUUUGGCCACCAACAGCAGCAGCAGCAGCACGCGUUUCCGCCGUCGCCUGAUGGGCGCUACGUGCAAGAAGAGUCGGUGGACUUUUCGGCCCACACGAGCGCCCUGCAGUAG